ACUUCUGCUUCCAUAAAUAUAAAUAUGAAACUUCAUGGGCACGCUUUCCUAAUUUAAAGCACCCCUUACAAUCCAGGGUUUAGGGUUAGGGUUGCGAGUUCAAAGUUUAUUCCAUAAAAUUUUGAGUUGGGCAGGCUCGAAAUUUACGAUCCAUUUCAGGUUGGAUCUGAACAUCCAGGUCGCAGGCAAAAAUGGUGUCGUUGAAGUUACAGAAGCGCUUGGCGGCGAGCAUUCUCAAGUGUGGGAAGGGCAAAGUUUGGCUCGAUCCCAAUGAGGCCAACGAGAUUUCUAUGGCCAACUCAAGGCAGAAUAUCCGCAAACUUGUCAAGGAUGGCUUUGUUAUCAGAAAGCCUAUGAAAAUUCACUCCCGUGCUCGAGCUCGUCGAGCAUUGGAAGCAAAGAGGAAGGGGCGUCACUCUGGUUAUGGUAAACGGAAGGGUACAAGGGAGGCAAGAUUGCCCACAAAGAUUUUGUGGAUGAGGCGUAUGCGAGUUUUGCGUCGAUUACUACGCAAGUACAGGGAGUCAAAGAAAAUUGACAAACAUAUGUAUCAUGAUAUGUACAUGAGAGUCAAAGGUAAUGUGUUCAAGAACAAGAGAGUCUUGAUGGAGAGUAUUCACAAGUCCAAGGCAGAAAAGGCAAGAGAAAAGACUCUUUCUGAUCAGUUUGAAGCACGGCGUGCGAAGAACAAAGCAAGCCGUGAAAGGAAGAUUGCCAGGAGGGAAGAACGUUUAGCUCAGGGUCCCAGCGAGCCAACGGUAGCAGCUCCAUGAACCGAAGCUGCAGAGGUUCCAAAGAAGUCAAAGAAGUGAGGGGCCAUCAAUAUUCAGAAGCUAAGACAUGCUUUUUGCCAGCAUAUUUAUCCAAAGUAAUUUGAGCAGAGAAAUAUCGUUAAGUUUUAUUUUUAUAUCAUUGAGAGUUAAGUUUUGUAAGAAUCUGCGGGUGUCUUGUGUAUCCUGUCAAUUCGGAAUGAAACAUAUGCUACAUGUUUUAAAUACCACGGAUUAUACAAUUUCUAUUUCUUAGUGGAUA